AUGUUUUCUGCGACCUUCUUCUCAGCGCACGGCUUCGAGGCCCUCUGGGAGGCCGUUAAACCUCAUGGCGAUCCUGUGGAGAGCCUUUUCAGCUUUAUGAAAGAACAUGGAAGCCACUACUGCGCAUUUCGCUUCUUUCGCUCAUACGCGGGUCGCUUGAGCGUCUCCCAGAGACUGCGCCUCCGACGCUUGUUGCUAGAGCUGCAUCCAGGCCUCUUGGCUGCUGCGGAGGUGGCGGAAGCGACACACCAGGAUCUUAGAAGCUUGAUAACGCUUGACAAGGCGCUCCUAGGUCGGUACGGGCUGGAUAGCUUCCCAGAUGAAUGGAGCCGACGGACGGCAGGCGCUGCGGCACGUCUUCAGGAGUGGCGGCGUUUGUUUUUGCAACAUGGUAAUCGCCAGCGAAUGGAGUCUCUGUCCGCCGACUUGAUUGGAAUGUCAGUGGAAGUCUUUAUGCGGUGGGAUAGGGAGCUGGAAGAUCCGCGUUCGGCUGGCGAUCAGCAGGAGAAGGACCCGUGGGCUAGGAGGCGGUACCUCUUCGAAGCGCUUUCUCUGGUGGAAGCGGGUCUCUGUGUGGAGCCUCUGCGGACUUCUCCCAUGCUACACCAAAUACGCGUUGGUCUCUCCUUCCUAGUCGGUGACACCUAUGCAAUACACCAGUCCUUCGCAGCCAUGGAAGUCAAGCAGAUCCUCCUCCUCUCCAUGGGGCUUUACCUCACAGCAGCUCAGCAAGACUAUGAAACACCGCCGAGUCAGCGCAGUCUGCAGGGUUAUGCAGCUCCGCGGCUAAAGCAGCUGCUCUCUAGGGGCGCCUGUGUCGGUGUUCAGUAUACAGACUAUCUCUCUGCCGCUGUGGAGGAAGGCAGCUUUUCUUGGCUUCCCGAAUUCCGCCUUUGGGGCCUCAUUACGCAGCACUCCCUUGACGGGCUCCUCGUUACGCUCCAGGACGCGCUGUACCGCUUGUACGAGCGUGGAGGCUUUGGACCCUCCGAUUUGCUCUUCAACGUUCCCACAGAGCCUGCAAUGGCAGAUCUCGUUCGCGGGGGAGCACUCCGGGCAAGGGCCCUCAACAGGGGCCCCUUGGAAUGGUGGCUCACAACAAUGGCUGUUAUGCCGCCAGUCGCAGACGCGUGGGGUGAAGCCGUAGGAGCUUUAGGCGGCCUCACGUGCUCCGAUCUGGGGGCGUCUUGCAUCAGCCUUUUGCCUCCCGAGGAGCUUCACGCACGCGAACUAACGCACCCAAUCCGGAGGGCCCUUGUGCUGCACAAGACUCGGAAGAUAGUGCUUAAGCGAGCCUCCCCCACACAGCAAGCGGCGGCAGAGGGAGAAGACGUCCAGUCCAUAAACAAGGAGCAGCAGCAAACUGCAGGGGCCCCCGGAGAACAAGAGGGGCCCUGCGAGGCGGCUAUUUUGGAAGCAACAUUUCAGGCAGAGGAAAAGGCGCUAUUCGCUGUCUGGCAGGCGAACCUGCAACCCAAAAUUUGGCACAGCGCAUGGCCUAGUCGUCUGCUUGGGGCCGAAGCAAAUCAUGCACUAACGCGCCACAACUUUAUCCAGGGGCCUCCCAGGCCGGAUGUCUCGCUAACAGCGGGUGCUCCUGGAACUGCUGAAACCCUCACAGGCGAAGCUGGAGAUAGGCAGCUCUAUGUGCCGUGGCUAAGUGAUGGAGAACGCGAGGUGCUGGAUGCUUUGGCUAGCGGCUCUUUGGGGGCUUCUCGCCAGGACCAGGAGGGCGAAGGAGGGGGCCAUCGUUGCGGCAAGCGGGAGGAUGAAGGGCAGCCGCCAUCUCCUUCCCUCGAGAAGCGAGCAGACUGCAGCUGGAACUGGACGGUCCCUUGGUGCUCUGCUCCACACUGUGCAGCGCGCCGUCACCCCAAAGAGCCUUUGACAGGCGCUUGCGAAGGAGAAAGGCCUCGAGGGGCCCCCCAGGAGAGUCUUCCCGACGAAAACGGCGCGAAAAACGCAGCUGAUGUCUUAUCUGGAGCAGAGGGGGCGUUUAAAGAGGCCGUUUCUUCUCUACGGCGUUCCAUCCCCGGCAGGGCCAGACGCCUGAGACUGCUAUUUGCGGUCUUGCGUCCCUCCGUUGGCUUCAAUGAAGAGCAGCUUCGCGAAAUGGAUCGAUUUGUGGCAGAGCUUAAGCAAGUCAUCGACGCUUCGCAACAGCUGCGCGGUAAGGCCAGAAAACUCGACAGCGAGAGAAGUACAAAACGUGUGCCGACAAGUGCUAUGGAGAAGGGGGUUUCUACCGAGGCUACGGUGGCUGUCUCUAAUCAUCUCUGCGAGGCGCUCGACGGCUGCAGAGAUUGUAUGAUGGCUUGCUGUACGGCCAUUCUGGACGGCAUAGGGGAGCUGAAGGGCUUGGGUCGUCCUCUACUGGCUGGUGAAAAUGUUCGGCUUUCUCUUUUUGAUGCGCUUUUCGUGUUGAGCCAAGUGGGAGUUGUUUCGCUGGCCCUCAUCGGCACCCUCUUCCAGCAACUGGCACUCUGGCAUCAGGCGCUCUGUAAAACCCAGGGUGUGAAGUCUACCGUCUUUUCGGUCAUGAUGACGGAUGCACAGCCUUCGAUCGACGCCUUUCUUGAAUGCCUACGCGCGCAGCACAAGAGUGUAAGCCGUAGCGACUUAGCCUUGGGGGGAAGGUUCCGAGGAAUGAGGGGUGACACUCCGUGCUGUGCACCAGCCGCUCAAAAGUGCGCAUUGGGCGUGGCCCUCACUGUUGAAGAGCUUACCAACGGGGGCAACAGGGGGAGGGGGGGCAGAAACCAUGUGGCUUUUUCCGAGUAUAGAAUGGCUCUCAUGGCAUUGCUUAUGCUUGUGCUUAUGCAUGCAUGCAGCUGGCAGACGCGAUGGACACGGCUGUGCAGCUGGAGCCCAUGGGAAGGGCCCCCUGGGUGGAGUGCGCUGGGGGCCUCCGCUAUGACGUAG